AUGUCUGUUAAAACCUUCACACUUGAAGAACUUCGCAAAUAUGACGGUAAAUCUAAUCCCUUGUAUAUCAGUAUACAUGGCAAGGUUUAUGAUGUAACAAAGUUUAAAGAAGAACAUCCUGGAGGCGAAGAAGUUCUUAUGGAAGAGGGAG